AUGUCAAAUUUGGUUACAUUACCGAUACUCACCACAUUGGAACUCGCUAAGAACAAAUUCGGACCUAAAGAAGCACAGAAUCUUAGUGAUGCGCUACGAAAUAACACAACACUCACCGCACUGGAUCUCCAGGACAACGAAAUCGGUGAUAAAGGAGCACACUAUCUGGGUGAUGCACUACGAAUUAACACAACACUCACCACACUGGAUCUCAAGUACAGCUAUAUUGGAGCUGAAGGAGCACAACAUCUCGGUGAUGCAUUACAAAUUAAUACAACACUCACCACACUACUCCUCGACUUGAACAAAAUCGGAGCUCAAGGAGCACAGCAUCUCGGUGAUGCACUACGAAUUAACACGACACUCACGACACUAAAUCUCCAAAACAACUACAUCGGAGAUGAAGGAGCACAACAUCUCGGUGAUGCGCUACGAAUUAACAGAGCACUCACCACAUUGGAUCUCGGAUGGAACAGAGUCGGAGACGAAGGAGCUCGACAUCUCAUUGAUGCACUACAAGAUAAUAAAACACUCACCACACUGAAUUUCGAGGGGAAUGACGAAAUUGGAGAUGGAGAAGUACAACAUCUUGACGAUGCUCUACGAAAUAACAGGGUGAUACGCUAA